GACCAGGCGCCCGUGCCCUCCCCGCGGAACGCGCAGAGGGGCGGCAGGACCCCCGGGGCUGCUUCCAGCGUGCCCCGCGCUGUCGCCGGCGGUGGCGGGAGGGAGGGCAGCGUCCGGGGACACAGGAACCGCUCCGGGCGCCACUUCUCCAGGCCCGCAGGGCGAGUGGCCGCGGCGCCUGUCCCCACUGCCCUUCCAUGCAGUGAGGCCCUCGUCUCGGCCCCAGGAAAUCCCCGCCCGCGGGAAGCUCGGAAAUGCUCAUUUCGAACCACAAAAGAACUAUGGCCUAGAAAUGUUUUUAGCUGCCCCUUGUGCAAUCAAAAGGAGGCUGUGAGCCGGCGUGGCUGGCCAAGGAGGGCGCUGCUGGGGAUGAGCCCGAAUGCGGGCGGGGCGAGAUCGGCCACUGCCGGGCGUUCUGUGGCCCGGGCACACCCGGCCCUCCGUGAUCCCUCUGCCGUGGCCACAGCUCGCCGCGGCCCCGCGGGGGACACGCACGGGGCCCGCCCGCCCCUGUGCUCGUUCCCAUCCCUCUCAGCCCCGCCUAGAGCACAGGGAAGUCUGCCUAAUUUUCUGGACACAGCGGAGAGGUGACCGACCCCCUCCGUCUCCCGCCCGCAGCCGCCGGGGCCGCCUCGGACGCGGGCCGGACGCUGGCGACGCUGCAGGUGCAGCCCAGAGGCGGCGCGUGGAUGCAGAUCUGUGGAUCCAGAGUAGCAUCUGGGAAGUCAUUCCAGGCUCUCAGCCCAGUGUUCUGGCAACAAUUUGACCCAAAGAUGGCAGCCAGGGUGCUUUGGGGCAGCCUCGGCCUGCUCCGAGUGCUGUGGUGCCUCCUUCCGCAGACAGGCUACGUCCACCCAGAUGAGUUCUUCCAGUCGCCCGAGGUCAUGGCAGAGGACAUCCUGGGUGUACAGGCCACCCGACCCUGGGAGUUUUACCCCAGCAGCUCCUGCCGCACCGUGCUCUUCCCUCUGCUGACCUCUGGCUCUACCUUCUGGCUGCUCAGGCUCUGGGAAGAGCUGGGGCUGUGGCCUGGCCUGGUGAGCGGCUACACGCUGCUCGUGGGGCCCCGGCUCCUCGUCACUGCCUUCUCCUUUGCCCUGGAUGCGGCUGUGUACCACCUGGCCCCACUGUGGGGGGCGAACCGCUGGAGCGCCCUGGUCCUGCUGUCUGGUUCCUACGUCACCCUGGUCUUCUACACAAGGACCUUCUCCAACAACAUCGAGGGACUGCUCUUCGCGUGGCUGCUGGUGCUGGUGUCCCCCCGUGUCAUACGGAGCCCUACACCCACUAAGUCUGCUCCAGGGCCAUGGUGGCACAGCUGGCUUCUUGGGGGCAUCGUGGCUGCUGGCUUCUUCAACCGCCCCACCUUUCUGGCCUUUGCUCUGGUCCCCCUCUUCCUCUGGGGCAUUCAUGGAACCACAAACCCUGGUUUCAAGUCCUUGGCCCGAGAAGCCUUGUCACUCCUCCCGGGGGCAGCCUUUGUAGCAGCGGUGUUUGUAGCCAUGGACAGCUGGUACUUCUCCAGCCCCUCUAGGUCCAGUCCCCUUGUCCUCACCCCCGUCAACUUCUUACACUACAACCUCAAUCCCCAAAACCUGGCACGGCAUGGCACACACGCACGGCUCACUCACCUGGCAGUCAAUGGCUUUCUGCUCUUUGGGGUGCUGCAUGCCCAGGCCUUGCAGGCUGCGUGGCAACAGCUCCGAGUCUGCCUCCAGGCCUUUGCACGCACAGGCUUCCGGAGGGCACCGGGUGCCUGGAGCCUUCGGUCCAGCCCCAGGUCUUACCUCCUUCUCCUCUACUUCAUGCCCCUGGCCUUGCUGUCUGCCUUUAGCCACCAGGAGGCGCGGUUCCUAAUCCCCCUCCUGGUCCCCAUAGUCCUGCUCUGCAGCCCACAGACUCGCCCUGUGCCCUGGAAGGGCACCCUGUUUCUCUUCAAUGUCCUAGGUGCCUUCUUCUUCGGCUGCCUGCAUCAGGGGGGCCUGCUGCCAGGCCUGGAGUACUUGGAGCGGGUGGUCCACACGCCUGUGCUCCCAAGCAUGCCUACCCACUACACACUACUCUUCACCCACACCUACAUGCCCCCCCGGCACCUCCUCCACCUCCCAGGCCUAGGGUCACCUGUGGAGGUGGUGGACAUGGGUGGGACCGAGGACUGGGUUCUGUGCCAAGCCCUGAAAAGCUUCACCAGACAACCAGCCUGCCAAGUGGCUGGUGGGCCGUGGCUCUGCCGCCUCUUUGUGGUGACCCCUGGCACCACCAGGCGUGCUGUGGAAAGGUGCAGGUUCCACCUCAAGAAUGAGACACUUGUGUUUCCCCAUUUGACCCUGGAGGACCCCCCAGCCCUGUCCUCCCUGCUGAGUGGGGCUUGGAGGGACCACCUCAGUCUUCACAUCAUGGAGCUGGGGGCUGAAACCUGACAGUAUGACAGACCAGCCACUGCCCAAGAUUUAGCCAUGGAACGUGCCACUCCACCUUCUACUUGGGUAGCUGGGCCGGGACACAAGGCUCUGGCUCACCUUCAGGAUUCCCGUUGUGGCCUUUCCUGAGCACAGCUGUUGGCUGUCCUGCUUUCUGGGUGAGCUGGCACCUUCCCUCAGAGACUAAAGACCUGACCUGUCACAGUCCUGAUGCCAAGGUCCCCAAAGAAGCCUGGUGUAACCAAUGGCAACUGAUGUCUGUUCCUGCCCUAUGUCUUUCAGCCACUGUGAUGUUUUAAAUAUAUAACAGCAUCUGGUUGUGAAAAAAGACAACAAACUGCUAAUGACAUUCCUGAAUGACCUCUCCCAAA